CACAACAAUUGGGGGAAACAGUGAAUAUUAUUUUCAAAUACUGCUACGUUUAGUGAAAUUUAAUUAGAUUAGACGCAUUUUUUAGUGAAAGUUCUUAAAAAAAUACGAAAUUUUUCAAAACUGUAAACAUGUUGACACAAUUCUGUUGCUUGCGUUUGGAAACCACUGCAAAAAUAAUCGGUUGGUUGGGAAGCUUUGUAACUAUCGUUGUAGUUAUCAUUUGCGCAGAGUUGUUAAGAAAUGCACGUGCUCUUGUUGGAACUUUGACGAGAAGAGGCUAUCAUUUUGACGAUCCAGAGGGCGCUGGAACUGUUCUGAUCAUUAUACUUGCUGUCAGUAUUGUUGUUCUUUUCAUCAAUGCAUUUGCAAAUGCUGGUUUGGUGUUCGGCACAAUCAAGAAAUAUCACAAGUUGAUCCUGCCCUGGUUGAUCAUCACCGCCCUCGGAAAUGUGCUUAGCUUAGUAGCACUAAUUAUUUAUGGGUUUUAUAGUGCCAUUUUCGGAGUUGUCUUUAUUACAUAUCUCUGGAUUGCCAUGUAUUCACUAUACAGCAAAAUCAAGACGGAAAAUGAGCAACGUUCCUUUAAACGCCGCGCUAGAUCUAUUGCCAGGCAACUUGCGUAAAAAAUAUAUUAAAUAUUGCAUAUACACUGUUUAUAAGUAUGUAUAAAUAUA